UUGGUACCACGGCAUCUGCAAAACGUGUAAUAUGUAACGCUCUAGGUCUUUGGUUACCAGUGUAACAUCAAAUAUGGCGACGCCCACUGAGAAGUAGGAUGUAUAAUUCGUGGACUUAAAACGGGCCACCUUUGCACUGGGACUAGCUGUCCAAUCAUGGCAGACGACACCAGCCCCCAUCGUUACUUAAUAGCUGCUCAAGAAGAGGACGCCCAAGCAGAUGAUCUUGCCAAUCCAACACACCUCCAAGGAGCAUCACCAACCACCAUCACAGCCCACAGUAUCUUCCCACCUUCGGUUGAACUGGAGAGCUCGUCCACGACAAGCAACGGGAGCUUUAAACCGGUUCACUUAGCAAUGACAAAUGGGUUUCUCAGUGCGGAUACGGAAGUUGAUCUUGACGAUGCGGUGCCUCUUGGUGGUCACAUCCUGCACGAUGACCCCAACGAAAACGACCAGGAACUUUGGACCGUCAGUCAAAAUGUCCAAUUUGAGCAGGCUGAUCAUGCCUACGUCUCAGUCGUCCGAUAUCCUAGACUCAAGAAGGCAAGAAUGAAGACUAAGAGAUUGAUCGAACACUUAGCUGUAAGACUGAUUGGUGUUUUCCUGGUCAUCUUUGACAUCAUCAUCGUCAUUCUGGACAUAGCGUUGAACCCACAGAACCUGUCUACCAUAGAAGUAUACGAUGCCAUCUCAGUGGCAGUCUGGUGCUACUUCCUCCUUGAGAUCAGCCUCAGAAUUUUUGCCAAAGGGAAAAAGUUCUUCCGUACGAAGCUGGACAUACUGGAUCUGGUGAUCGUGACAGUCACUGGGUCUGUCACUCUUGUUUACGUGUCAGUGGACUUGACUGGUAGUUAUUUAAAAUUGGUGGUGGUGUUCCGUGUGCUUCGAAUCUUCCUUCUGGUCAGGCUUCUCAGCGAAAGGAAGCACGUUUCCAAGGCAACGAGGAAAAUGGUGUCUCAAAACAAAAGGCGAUACAAGGAGGAUGAUUUUGACUUGGAUUUGACCUACAUUACUGAUCGAGUCAUAGCCUCAUCAUUCCCUUCGUCUGGUAGCCGGGCCAUCUACAGGAAUCCCAUCGAGGAAGUGGCCAGGUUCCUGGACACCAAGCAUCCAGACCACUACAAAGUCUACAAUCUAUGCAUUGAGCGACACUAUGACGAGUCUUUCUUUCACCAUCAAGUUGGCCGUGUCCUUAUUUUUGACCACAAUGUCCCAAAACUUAAGGACCUCGUUGCAUUCUGUGCAGAUGCCAGGCAGUGGAUGGAAGCAGACAACCAGAACAUUGUCUUCAUACACUGCAAGGGUGGCAAAGGAAGGACUGGACUGGCUGUAUGUGCUUGGCUCUUAGAAAGUGGAUUGUUUACUAACUCAAAGGAGUGUUUGGAGUAUUUCGGUGCUCGACGGACCGACUACACAGAGGGCGAUAUGUAUCAAGGCGUGGACACACCCAGUCAGAGUCGAUAUGUGGAUUACUUCCAAAAAGUCAAAUACUGUCUGGACGGGCGUCUUCCAUCGGCAGCUCCACUGACCAUCAGCACCGUCCGUAUCUCAGGAAUCCAAGGUGUGGGUAAAGGUGACGGGAGGGACUUGUAUAUGGAGGUGCAUUCUGACUCACUCCCCGUCUUCACCUGCGAUUUCCGUCGCAAUGUUAAUUGCACUGUGAUUUAUGACUUUGACACAGACACUGUGAUCAUUAAGGUGAAGAACUCCCCUGAGUUUGCCGGAGACGUGAAGGUCAAGUUUAUAUCUUCCAACAAAAAAAUCCCGAAGGCAUAUGAUGACUGUGCAUUCUUCUUCUGGUUCUACACAGGCUUUAUCAAGGACAACAGAUUGUACUUAGCAAGGAAGGACCUGGACAACCCACACAAGGCCGAAACGUGGAAGGUUUACAGGGACACCUUUGCCGUGGAAAUCAACUUCGGCUCGGUUCUGGAAAGCGAUGCAUGAUGGUCCAGAAAAUGAUGCAAUAAACUUCAGCGAACUUUAUUCUACACCUUGGAUUAGGCUACGUCCAAAAUUACAGCCAGCAAUAUUACACAUUAACCUUUGCAAGUAGCUGGAUCAACUUCCGUCAAACUAUAGCCAAGCAAUAUGAAAACAGACUGAAAGGUAGUGUACAACAUUUGCAAACCUUAAAAAAUAAAACUACCAAAUCAUUAUGAAAUACCUUACUUGACUGUAAGUACAUAAUGGUCUAAAGCAUUGAAAUUAUUGUGCCUGGUAUGCUGUCAUUUUGAAGAAAAGUGGAUUUUUGUAUCAUUGUCCAACGAUGGUUCGGCCAGCCAUCUUUGGAAAAAACGUGAAUGGCCAUAAGCCAGCAAGUCUGGUCCCCUGACCUGACAAUUCCCCAACAACUAUAAAUUGCUCCAUUUCGUCUGAAGCUUAGGGUCAGGUAACCAGACUACAAGAACUGCAUAUUGUUCCUUGUUUUUUGUGUGUUUUUUCCGGCUUCCAUGAACGAUAACACUUUAAACAGGUCAGUGGAAAGACAUUUGCUAUCUUAUACCAACCCUAAAUCCAUCCAUUUCUAAAACUUGCAGCCAGAUUAAAUGUUGUAUUUACCUUUAACUUCUUACUUGUGUUAGGGUUUCAUUUUACUUAAUGUCCAUCAUCAUUUUUUUUUGCAAUUUAAUGUGCUUUUUGUGUAUUCGUUUGUUGAGCAAGGACAGUUACUACACGGAUUCAGAAACUAUAUUUGUCAUUGGCUUAUUACUUAAUGAAUUUUUGCAAUGUUGAUUUUAUUUGUAUGCAAAACUAUCAUGUGAAUUAUCUUAAUAUAAAAUUAUUAUGUGAAUAUGACUGACAGUGCAACCAAGAAGAGUUAGUUAUAUAAAUUAUAACAUAGGCUUCUAUGUCAAACUCCUUUAUCAGGAUGCACUUUUUAAAGUUGAAAAUUCUAAUCAGUAUUAAACUAUAUCCGCAUAUUUAAUCCAAACAUGUAUAUAAAAAUAAGUUAUACACUUUAUUUUCUUUUCAAAGCAGAUGUUACCAUAUGGGAAUCGAAAGAGUAAAACAUAUAUUUUCACUGUGCCAAUUUUUAAACAUUAGUUUUGUACCUAAAAACGACUUAAUGACAAUUGAAUUUCCGAGAGAUUAUUCAUGCCUUUAUUUAAUGAUGAUUUACAUUUUAAUUUCAAUACUGUGUGUAAAUAUCAUCAUGUAACAAGGGCGUAUCCAAGGGGGGGGGGGUCAAUGGGGGCCAUGCCCCCCCCCAAAAA